UUCUUUGGUGGCGACGAGUGUACACGAUACUUGGAAGCUCUAGUUCUCGUCGACUUGUUUACGAACCGAAUAGUGAUUAAGUUUUUUAAAAGAUCCUGCAAAGUGCAGUAAGUCAUUAAAAAAUCACAUGAAAGCAAUAACAAAAGGUGAUUUGACCGCCUCGGCGGAAUUAUACGUUUCCCUCAUUUUUUCACGGGGGCUAUUGGAGAAAACAAUUUACAGCCACACUUGUUAGUUGUCGCCAGUUGUGGCGGGCGAUGGUGGAAUAGCAACUCAUCACAUUGAUAUCCUUCUUGAAUCUUCCGCAAGCACUAUUCGUAAAAAACGUUGUAGAAAAUCAUCACUUUGCUAAAAGAAACCGCUAAUCAUAUUCGUCGAAGUAGUUGGAUAAUGAGAAAAUUGAGUAUGAAGGGAAAAAGGAGACGAUCCGAAAAUAACAGCGAUGGUGAAUCGGAGGAAAAUGGCGGUGCAGGUAGCAACACUGAGAAUUCGAUAGAUGCGACAGAAGCUGAAACAAUGCCCAAAACAAAGCGCAAAGCAUCAAGGGGUAAAAAUAAUGGCAAAACUGGUGAUGAUCGUUCAAUUACACCUCAGAAAGAGGAGACAGAGAAUAAUGAGAUGAAGGUUGAGGAGGAGAAUGAAAAUGGGCAUGGUGAAAAGGGGGUAGCACGAAAACGCCGGAAAAAAGAGGAACAGAAACCCACGACUUCGCAAGACAACACAGACGAGAAUGAAGAGGAAAAGGAGUACGAGGUUGAGAAAAUCGUUGCCCACAGAACAAUUAAAGGCAGACGUCAGUUUUUGGUACGCUGGAAAGGUUACAACGAUGAUGCAGACACUUGGGAACAGGAGAAAGAUCUCAGCUGCCCACAGUUGAUUGAGGAUUUCCUAAAUGAACAAGACAGUAAAGAUGAGGGCGAAAGCUCGAAUAAAUCACCAAAAAAAGUAGAAAGGAAAGCAAAGAAGCCCAAAAAAGCUAACAAUGUGAAAAAAGAGAACAAUUCUAAGGAGGAUAAUGCUGAGUACGAGGUUGAGAGAAUAAUCGAUGUUUAUUUCAAGAAAAAUGGCAAGCGUGAAUUUUUAAUCAGAUGGAAGGGUUUCAAACCAUCUGAGGAUACAUGGGAGCCUGAAGACAACCUCAAUUGUCCAGAGUUGAUCAAGAAAUUUAUGGCCAAAGUUGAAGAGGCUAAAUCUGCAUCACCGCGUUCUUUACGUACCAAUCCCAUUCACACCAAGCGUUACACACUGACUACAACAGAUUCUGGAAGAAGGUUGUCCCGCAGAAACACUGGGAAACAACGGGCUACCUAUCACCAUUGCGACGAGUAAAUGUAACGAAAGGAUUUGGAACGUUGUUUCAAUUAGCCUUUCCUUUUCCUCUCUCCUCACCUCCUCCUCCAUUAGCAUUGUAUAAACGAGCUUUCCAGAACCAGUAAGCUUAUCAUUAUCCAAUUUUUUUGCUAAAAAUUAUUCCCUUCCCAUUUAAUUUCUCAUUCUUAUGUUUUUACCACUAAGUCUAAAUUGGAGUGGUAAAUUAAUAUUUUCAUUAAUGAAAAAGUUAUCUUUAAAUUAAGGGCUUUUUUUGGAGAGAUCUCCAAAGAAUUUUCCUCAAGUCAUCGAAGUUCUCAUAGAAAAUAUAUUAAUCAUUUCUUCUCCGACCAUUAAUUAGUACAAUGAUUGCAUAAUAAUCGCUCCACAUGCUUUAAAAUGCGGAAACUGCCGAUCAUUGAAUGAGACGUCUAAUAAAUGGUCUUAGAAAGAUUUAUGAGAUAUUUUUUUUAACCUGAGAAAAAUUCUCAACGAAAAGAUCUUUCAAUUAUUCUAUCAUGAACUUAUUGGCUAUUGGAACCGUCACCGAGUUGAUACAGGAAAAUGAGUUCCAUUACAAUGUUUGAUGACUUCGAUACAACUAGAUUUUAGCGUCAUACACGUCUUAGUCAUAUGUGACUAAAUAUUUCAUAACGGUGGUUUCAUUUUCAGUUGUGAGAUUAUAAGAUUUCAAUCUUGCUUUUUUUCUUUUUUAUGUAUCAGAACAUGCUAUGAGUUAUGUAUGAGUGAAAAGUUUAUACUAAGAUUUAAAUGACGUAUGAAAAACAAUUGGAAAUGGGAAGAUAACAAUUAUUGAUAGUGAUGUCCCUGAGUGUACUACUGAGGGCGCGAAUAAAAUACGAUAUGCUAUUUAAAGCACAAUCAGAUGAUGAUAUACAAUAUAAGUUGGGCUAUGUAUGUGUGUGCAAUGUUACUUUGUAAUAUACAUCUGGAAGAAUCACCCACGUAGUAUUCACGAAAAGAAAAAAAAACAUUGAUUAUAUGUAACUCAUACUAAAUUAAACACUCGUGUAAAGUUGUAAUUUAUUAAUUAUAGAUUUGAAAUGCGCAACAGGUCAUAAAUAUUGAAUAAUUCAUCGUUAAAACGUAGGGAUGAUUUGAAACGUAUUUAGGUGAAACCAAUACCCAUUUGUUAAUAAUGAAUCAUCAAAAUAUGCAAAGGCAAUAAAGAAAAUUUCAUUAUAAAA